AUGACCGCGCCAGUGACUCCCAAGAACAAAUCCGCAACGCCCACCGACAAGAAGCAAGCCAAGUCCCCGUUUGUCCUGGGCAAGGGCCCCGGUCCCAUCGAUAAUGCGAAGAUAAAAGCGAAGAUCGAGAAAUGGCAAGCUGCGGGCGGCGGUUCCAUCACUAUCGUCGAGCCUGCCGCGCCGGAUUCCGAUAAAGCCGCUCCGGCAACGCCCAAGGAAGCACCAACACCGAAGGGAGCAGCAACACCUAAGGGAACAGCCACACCUAAGGGAACGGCUACGCCUAAGGGAGCGGCUACGCCCAAGGGAUCAACAACGCCGAAGGGAGCAGCAAUGCCUAAGGAAGCCGCAACGCCUAAGGAAGCGGAUAAGGAUGAGGGAGCUAAAGAGGCGGCCGAGCCGGAUCCCGUUGUUGCUGCUGACGCGGCUGACGUCGAGGCGAAAGAGAAGGAUCAGCCCGUCAUGAAGGCUCCCGCGAAGGUUCCCGCGAAGUCGCCCUCGCCUAUCAAGAAGAAGGGCAAUGAGCUUGAUCAGGAGAUGCAGGCUGCGGUCACGCCGAAAAAGCGCGUCAUCAGCGACAGCCACUGGCGCAAGAACCGGUCGCCUCCAAAGGAAAACAGGCCAACCGGCUGGGUGCGCCCGGCUGUCAAGAAAGUCCAGGUGCCGAAGCCGGAGGAGAAGAAGGAGGAACCUAAGAAAAGCCCACCCAAGAUACCGAUCCUGCCCAGACCUGUUUAUGCGCCGGACGGUACCAGAGUUGCUGCCGUGCGGAGACGACGCAAGUCAACCGCGUCGUCGAAGAGCAGUGACGAAGACGAGCCACCGGCGCAGCCCCCAGCACCUCGAGCGGGCGGAAGGGUAGACAACUUCGUUCCCCGAGCACUAUCGUAUGAGCCACCUUCGAGCGGUAACCGCGUGAGAGACGCCAUCAGAAAACACGAGGCGCUGGCUCGUGGAGAAGUCUUUGAGGACGUGCCUCCGAAGAGAAGGUCUAUCCGCAAGACGAAGAGUGUCUACGGCGACGAGGAGAGAAAGCGCGACCGAAGUCCAGGAGCAGUAUCAGCGCCCGGCGGUCGUUCAGAAGACGAGCUCCGGAGAAGACGAAGGAUGAGGAGGCGGCCCACCGAGUCCAGAGACGACGUUUCAAGCAUGCCCCUAGACGGGGACCAAACUGCGGAGAGGAGGAGGAGCCGGCGGAAAUCCCACAGGGCGCUUUCUCCUGGACCUGCUGACAAGCCAACCGCUACUCAGUCUGCACCCGUCACGCCUCAACCCAGCACGCCGACUUUACCCGGCAGCGCAGAGACGCCGAGCGAGAAGAUAUUCGGGAGCCGAGUAGAAGCAUGGCUAUCUGCUACACCGGAUCCUUUUGUCGAAGGAGAGAAAGAUAAGGAGCGGAGAAGAACCUCGAGGCGUUCGUCGUCAAGUACGGAAGGGUCGACAGUGCUGUCGUCGACGAUAAUUUCCGAGGAUAAGCGUGGUCAGAGGGACUCCGAGAAGCCUUUUGAAUCGCCGUCUUCACGUCAUGGCAGCACCAGGAGGAGAUCGUCGCGUAGAAGCCACGAUGGCCAGGACGAGCCGGUCUUGUCGGAUGAUAAGCCCAGGUCAUCAUCGCUUACUCCUUCACAAGAGGACAGGAACCUCAUCACUGUUGAGUACGACGAAUCUACUACAACAGCCUCCAAUACGUCAUCCCUUAAGCGAAGGCCAGCACGGCGCAAAUCAGAAUCAUCAUCAAAGGCUCGUCCUUCCCUGUUGCCAGCAACCAUUCCAGAGGAUGAAGCCGUUUCAUCAGUUGCAACAUCGUCGGUUGAUCCGUCGGCUGCUGAUCUCCCGGACCUGACUCCCCGUCCUCGCAAUUCCGUGAAGCGCGAGUUCCCGACAACUGGCAGGAAGCUUUCAACGAUUGCCUCAAUGGACACGCUCGACUCCAAGCGGAAGACUUCACGCACGGUCUCUCAGGGGUCUGACAAUACAAUUACCCCAGAUGAUGCCAUUAAAGAUGAUCUUCCGGCCGACGAUUCCGGAAAACCUGCAGAUACUCUCUCGAUCAUGACUGGAAUGACUGGCAUGUCCACCCGGAGCAGAAACAGUACAAGGCGGCGGCUCGCAAACCACGCUGACCUUAUGUCGGUCCUCUCGAUGCCGGAACGUAAGAACUCGAAGAGCAAGAGCAUAGUCUCUGCACGCAGCAUUCGGACGAACAAAAGCAGACUGGCCACCGCAACCAUCGGCGAUUUGAUGAGAGAGCUGCAGUCGGACGAAGUCAAGUACAUCCGCGAGCUGAGGACGCUCGUUGACGGAGUUAUCCCGGUGCUUCUAACCUGUGUGCUGUCAAAAUCGGAAUCUGCUGUAACAGCCGGCCUCUUUAGCAAGACAGGAACUGGAGGGGAGAGUGCAAAGAUAACGAAACCUAUCGUCGAGAUGGGCGUUGCACUGGAGAGGCUGAAGACCUUGCACAAGCGCAUUCCGAAAGAGGAUCCAGAGGCUCUCCUCUCAUGGGCACAAAGUGCAUCAAGAGUAUACACCGAUUACGUCAAGUCUUGGAGGCUGGGCUUCCAGGAUGUCGUCGUGAACCUUGCUCCUGCAAGUGAGGAGGAUAAACCCGAAAAGAAUGAUGACGAUCAAGCAGACGCAGAGUCGACCAUUGAUGAGGGGAUGCCGCGCAAUGACGAGGGCUAUAUUGUUGAUGGCGAUGGCGAAAGAGUUGACGUAGCCUUCCUUCUCAAACGCCCUCUCGUGCGCCUCAAGUACCUCUCCAAAACCCUUAAGGGCAUCAACAUCCUCAAGCCAUCCGACCGGGCGAACGAUCUUGCCGCCAGAUACCAAGACCUGGUCACCCAGGCAAGGAAAAGAUCAAACGAGGAAAGAGCCCGACUGGAGGAUGAAGCCGCUGCCAGCAUAGACCCUACAAGAGCAAGAGAUCCGCGCAGUCUGGCUCCUCUAUCUGGUGUCAGCAUCGACGCGACUCGAUGCGUGCGCGCAAGAGAUUAUUUCGAUAUGACGCUGCUGCAUUCGAGCGGACAAGAGGUUGACUGCAGGGUUGAGCUGCUCAUCCGCGAUGACGCACCUGGACGUGGAAGCGGCGGAGACCUCUUACUUUGCGAAGUUGACAAUACCGGUCGCUGGCUCUUCUUCCCGCCUAUUCAAAUUGGCCGCGUCUCAGCCCGCAAUGGCGACCUCAAGGGCGAGAUUGUUGUCAUGAUCCGUGGUAACAGCUCUAGUGGAGAAGAAUGGCGUGAACUGAUUACUCUGCGCACCAACGAUGAGGAGGUGGGCUUUGAGUGGGUCCAGAUGCUGGGACUCGUACCCGUCCCUCACAAGGUAUCGAGGGGGCUGAGCUUCCGCGAGAAGCCAGCUGCACGUCCGACAAGCAGCCACGGGUCGUCCUCGCUGUUAUCGGCUGUCACUGGAUCCACUCCUCCAAUCAAGAGCAGAACUCCCAGCCCUCGCGAAAUCGAAAUACCAAUGGGAGAAAGAGCGGGCGAGUCGUCCAAGAGAUGGAGCCGCGCGACUCCGGACAAGUCGAGGCCUGUUUCGCCAGAAACAGCUGCAAGUUCCGUGCUCAGCAGCGAACUGGGCACUCUUGGCGCCAAAGAAGGCUCUGACGUGGUGUCAUCUCAUGCAGCGGAUCAGGAAGAUCUUACGCCACGCAAGACGCGUCUCCCACCCCUGCAGAUUUCGUCCACCAGUUGGACCGAUGCGAUGGCUGCGGCUGAGAGCCCAACCACUCCCACCUUGAAACGGUCAAAGGCCAAGAGAUAUUCGCGAGGCGAUCCCCGACAGCCCAGGACCCCUAAGGAUUCGAGCUCGGAUCAAGCACCGCCGACCCCAGAAGAGCAGACGUCACGACCAACGUUGCAGUCCGAAGUUUCCUACGCCACCACUAUGUCCUCGUCCCAGACUGAGAGCUCGUUUACAUCAAGUUCGUACAUCAGCGGGUCCACGGAAAGAGGUGGGAAGAGCAACUACACCGUGUGGUAUCCUCCGUCAGAACCGGAAGAUCUCAGCGACUAUUCCGAUGAGGAUGACGAUUAUGAUGAUGCGCCGCUACCUCAGCGGGGACUCACAAAACGGCCUCCAACCCAGAGGCGUACAUCUUCUGUUCCUUCGAUGGACCUUCCGUCUAUUCCGAAACUCCGCAAAUCCAGCCAGCCGGAGACGCCGACAAGGGACGAAAUGCGCGCAGAGUCUCUUCCAAUUCACACUCCAUCUUCAGCUUCAGGAAAACUUCAGAAGAAAUCCAGAGCCUUGGCUGAGGACGAACUACUGCCAGAAACGGGAGACGUUCCGCCUCCACCCCCACCGCAUCGCUCCGUCAGUCCAACACCGCAACUGAAGGUGUCGCCGAUGCCAGACUUCAGGCCACCUGCCCCCGGGUUCCGGCAGCACAGACGUACCUCGUCUCCGCUCAAGCAUGAAUACCAGCCUUCAACAUGCACUGAGUCUUCUGAGGAUAGCGAAUUGUCCCUCUCGGAUGACGUCGGCUCCUCCUACUCUGAGUCGUCUGAAGAUGAUCUUGAGGCCGAUGAUGUCGCACCCCUUGGUCCAUUGCCUCCAAUGAAUCAGAAUCAUCAAUUCCCUGACCCUUCGCCGCCGCAGUCAGAAUAUGCGCCUGCGACGUCUACUUUGGCGCCUUCUCAAUCUGCGUCCCAGGGCCCAUACAGGGCUGUUCCCCCGACUUCUGCUAAGCCGACCAAGCUUGUUGCGAACCUCUUCGCCUGGUCUGACAGUGGCAUGUGGGAUCUCCUUCAUCCCGAUGAAUGCAGCAUAGUCAUCACUCCGGGCUUGAUUGAAGUCUUUGAGAUGAGUCCUGAGCAUUCCCAGGAUACUGUCACCGAAGAAGAGAGGAGCAGAAUGCCACUUGUUGCUCUGGAACUUACACCUCUUGUGCCUCUGAGGCGCGGAACAGCUCUUGACAUCUCUAUUCGCUCCCCGCCGACCCCUAAUUCCAGGAUUCAUACGAGCUCCCACAUCAUGCUCCGUUCGCGCUCUUCUGAGGAGUGCGAGACUCUGUACAACAUGAUCAACAAGUCGCGCAUUAACAAUCCGACUUACAUAGCUCUUCAAAAUGCCCGCGGUCCGUACGCCGAGGACACCUGGGCCGCCGCUAUGGACCGCCGUAAUGCUGAGCGCACUGAAGGAAGCACCACUGGAGGCAGCAGCUGGUGGGGUAGUCUGGGCCGCAGGAACAGUUACCGUGCCAAAUCUACUCGUGCGCUUAGCACCUCGGCAGGCACGGGCAGCAGCGUCAACACUAUCGGCAGCGCAUUCUCGGCCCUCAAGCGCUUCGGCGCUGGUGGGAAACUCUUUAACGGUAGAGGCAGCCUGUACUCGUCCAACCAGGACAGCCGUAGCCGAAGCACAGAUUCGCUGAGUGGUGAAGUCGAGAUCAACCCCGGCACCUCGCCAACCAUGCCGAACAAGGACGAUCCAACGCUUGAUGCCCAGGGCAUGCCGCUUGGCAUUAUGAACACGAAGAUCAGAUUGUACGCGCGCGAAUCUCAACAGAAAUGGCGCGACAUGGGUGCGGCGAGAUUGUCCAUUAUGCGCCCAUCGCCGCCGGCUUCCCCUGGUGCCAACCCAUACGUCAGGCAAGGCCAGGGCCCUCCCGGCCAGCGGAAUCCGGAGGCGGAGAAGCGCAUCGUUGUGCUUGGAAAAACGAAGGGCGAGACGCUGCUCGAUGUAACGCUGAGCGAGAGCUGCUUCGAAAGAGUUGCGCGCACAGGUAUUGCGGUCAGUGUCUGGGAGGAUACGGUAGGCACGAAUGCGGAACUUGGAGGUAUUCCGGCUAUUGGAGGUGUGUCCGCGACGAAGGCAAGGGUGUAUAUGAUUCAGAUGAAAUCUGAGCGCGAGUGCGCGUACUGCUUCUCCCUGCUCGGAAAGCUGCGGUACUAA